ACCUGCUGUGCAUUAAAGGACCCUGCCCAUGCAUGCUCUCCCUGCCACCUCCCUCUUUAUGGGCCUUUUUAAGCCUCUCACAUAGAGGGGGGGACUACUCUCAAGACGAGGACCAAGCAUCUGGAAGGAUAGCAAGCUCACAAAGUUGUCUAUCCACUUACAGCCAGGAUUCCCCUCUCUGAACGCUAACAAUGGACAACCAUUCCUACAACUUCCCUUCCGACUGCACCCCUCUCACCAACUGCAAAUCUGCCCGCAAGCCUGUUGGAUCCACUGUCGUGAACAUGGGGAACACUGGCAAGAAUCCUCCUCGAGACUAUCUAGUCUGGUCGCUGUGCAACACCUUGUAUGUUAACUUCUGCUGCCUGGGUUUCAUGGCGCUCAUCUACUCCAUCAAGGCCAGGGACCAAAAGACUCAGGGCAACCUGCAGCUGGCUCAGGAGUGUUCGGAUAAGGCCAAAUGGUACAACAUCCUGGCAGCCGGCUGGAACCUUCUCAUUCCGCUCCUGGCCAUCGUCCUGCUUGUCCUCCUGCUCGUCCACUUGGGCUCAUCUCAGGGCUCUUUCGACUUCCUCGGAGAAGACGGACUCCAAAACUUCCUGAAACUUUUCAGCUGGUAGAUGAAGGCAAAAGAUAAGAGUGAUAUAUGAAGAAGGCAUUUGAUUUAAAACAAGAAUAUGAAGAAUAUGAAGAAUUUAUUACACUCCUUAUCUAAAUGGGAGUCUGGACUUGGGCUGCCCUCUCUAAUCCCUAAUCAGCAUUAAAAUACCAUUUUAACUCAAAGGAAAUCAUGUUAGUGCAUUACGACAUGAUCUCAAAAAUGCGGAAAAGUGACCUUAAACUAAAAUAAAAAUAAAAAUUAAGAAAAAAAAAACUUUAAGAAAAGGCAUAACAAAAAUUUCACACAUGGGAUCUGAAAAACUAAUAUUAAAAUGUCCCCAAUUUUAAUGUCAGCCUUACUAGGAUUGGUCAGUAGAGAUGUGAAGCUGACCAAAGACUGAAUAAGUAUUAGUAUCAUAUUAAGACUGGGAGCUGAAUCAGGUUGAGAGACUGAGCAAGCAGCUACUCUGCAUCGUUUUUGUUAUUUAUUGUAUUUAUGAGUGAAUUUGAAUGAUCUUUUGUCAGGUUAGAGAGAGAGAGAGAGAGAGAGCGAGAGAGAGAGAGAGAGAGAGAGAGAGAGAGGAAUAGCAGAGAGAACAGGGGGCUGUGGAGCUGAUGUCUGAAUACCACAAGGAUGAGAAACCACUGCACAAAAGGACAAUCAACAUUCAUCUUGCAUUGACAGUCAAAUAUAUUUUAUCUUUCAGCAGGUUUUAAAUGUUGUUAGUCACAACACACAUUUAUUUUUUAUCACUAUUCCUGUGUUUUUAUAAGUAUUUUGAAUUUCUCUUGCUGUCUUAUAAAUGAGCUAAAUAAACCAGUUACUGUUAA